CCAUGACGUCACUGCAAAGCUCGAGGCGGGUGUGACGUCGCCUCCCCAGCCGGGCCGCCCCGCCCCGUUGCCAUGGCGCCGUCGCCCCGCCCCUCCCGCCGUGCCCCGCGGCCGGAAGUCGCGCGCGGCGCAGGGAGACGUGUCGGCAGCGGCAGCGCGAUGAUCACGGACGUGCAGCUCGCCAUCUUCGCCAACAUGCUGGGCGUGUCGCUCUUCCUCCUCGUCGUGCUCUACCACUACGUGGCCGUCAACAACCCCAAGAAGCAGGAGUGAGGCGCCGCGAGGCACGGCACAGCACACCGGCACCACGGCACCGGCACUGCCACCGCGGCACACCGGCACUGCGGCACACCGGCACCGCGGCACACCGGCACACCAGCACCAUGGCACACGGGCACCACGGCACACCGGCACCGCUCGCCCCGGUCCCUCCCAUCACGCCGUGCCGUGGCGGCCAUGGAGCAGGGCCUGGCUGAGCGCGGCCCCGAGCCCCCGGCGCGUGGUGGCGCAUGCCGCGGUGCCGCGCUGAGGCGGGAGGCCGUGCUUCUUCCAAACCAACUUUAACGGGAACGCAGUAAUACAAGACAAAAACCGUGUGACGUAAAAA